CGCCCUCGCUCCCCGCCUCCCUUGCUAUAGCCCCCGGUUCCUUAGAAACCAGGCGGCGCGUUCUGGUAGCAGAGCGCUAGACACCGCGGCGGGUGAAUUCCUGCCCGCCUCCUUCACUGGGGUUGGCGUCCGCUGAGACCGUCCGGACCCAAGGUCUCCUGUGCGGAGCGGGGCGGGCAAUGCCAGCGUGCCAGGUGAGCGGCGGCCUGCGGUAGCCGGAGCCAUGUUUGACCAGGACUGUGGGACGGUCAUGUUCAUGUUGGAGGCUCUCAUGAGGAGAUGAGUUGGUGAACAGAGAAGCCGGCAUGAAGAUGCUCCCAGGAGUGGGCGUGUUUGGGACUGGCAGCUCCGCCCGGGUUCUGGUCCCCCUGCUAAGGGCAGAAGGGUUCACCGUGGAGGCCCUGUGGGGCAAGACUGAGGAAGAGGCGAAACAGCUUGCCGAGGAGAUGAACAUCGCCUUCUACACCAGCCGGACCGAUGAAGUCUUGCUGCAUCAGGACGUGGAUCUGGUGUGCAUCAAUAUCCCCCCUCCACUCACCCGGCAAAUAUCUGUGAAGGCUCUAGGUAUUGGGAAGAAUGUGGUUUGUGAGAAGGCUGCAACCUCGGUGGAUGCCUUCCGGAUGGUGACAGCCUCGCGCUACUACCCACAGCUGAUGAGCCUGGUAGGGAACGUGUUGCGCUUCCUGCCUGCCUUCGUGCGCAUGAAGCAGCUGAUCGCCGAGCACUACGUGGGUGCAGUGAUGAUUUGCGACGCCCGCAUCUACUCAGGCAGCCUGCUCAGCCCCAACUAUGGCUGGAUCUGUGACGAGCUUAUGGGCGGUGGGGGCCUGCACACCAUGGGCACCUACAUUGUGGACCUGCUGACCCACCUGACCGGCCGGAGAGCAGAGAAGGUCCAUGGGCUCCUCAAGACCUUUGUGAGGCAGAAUGCAGCCAUUCGUGGUAUCCGGCACGUCACCAGCGAUGACUUCUGUUUCUUCCAGAUGCUCAUGGGCGGGGGGGUGUGCAGCACGGUAACGCUCAACUUCAACAUGCCGGGUGCUUUUGUGCACGAGGUCAUGGUAGUAGGCUCUGCAGGCCGCCUUGUUGCCCGGGGAGCUGACCUCUAUGGGCAGAAGAACUCUGCCCCGCAGGAGGAGCUGCUCCUGAGGGAUUCGUUGGCUGUGGACGCAGGGCUGCCUGAGCAGGGGCCCCAGGAUGUCCCGCUGCUCUACCUGAAGGGCAUGGUCUACAUGGUGCAGGCCCUGCGCCAGUCCUUCCAGGGGCAGGGCGACCGCCGCACAUGGGACCACACCCCUCUCUCCAUGGCUGCCUCAUUUGAGGAUGGGCUGUAUAUGCAGAGUGUGGUGGACGCCAUCAAAAGGUCCAGCCGAUCCGGGGAGUGGGAAGCUGUGGAGGUGCUGACGGAGGAACCUGAUGCCAACCAGAACCUAUGUGAGGCUCUCCAGCGGAAUAACCUGUGAAUGUGCUCGUGGGCUCCCUGCCGUGGGGCAGAGUGGCCAGGGAGGGACCAGGAGCGAGGUGGGAGGUCUUGGCUAGAGCAUUGACAGUGUCUCUUAUUUAACAAAUCAGCUUGGGCUUCACCUUGACCCUUCUAGGGGGAGCCCUAGGUGGAGCCCAAGGUGGCCCCAGUAAAACGCCCCCUCCGUCCUCGCCCCCUCCUCAGACUUGCAGGGCAGUAAUGUUCCUGUUGCCGUGGCCGAGUGGCCUAGCACAAGGAGUGAGAGGUGGAGCUGCCACCAGGUCUCUGGGGGCCAGCAGAGCUUGGCUAGGGGGCUUCUUCAGCCUGUUUGUGGUCCUGGCUGGAUGAGAGCACAGUGAGGAGCCAGUUUGGCUGAUUGCUGAGGCCGGAGGAGAGACGAGAAGCCUUGUUUCCAUGCCCCACUUGGGCCCAGGGCGUCUCAGGGCCCAAGACAAGAUGACAAGUUACCGAGCCUCAGGGAGCUGUACCUGCCCUCCCUCUCGAGUGACCAAGCCCUUCCAGCUUUCGGGCUGCCCCUUCCCCGGCAGGGAGGAUGGGUUCUCCAGUACAGGAGUUCUUGGGGGGCCGUUGACUAGAGCAGAGGGCCCCUGAUUUGCCAGAGAGGAGACAAGGGACAGCUCUGGAACAUCUGAUAGAUGUUAAUAAAUAAAUCAAACUUGGACACAGUG